GGCUCUGCAAGAUUAUUUUAUUGAAAACUACAAGCGUGUCACAGUCUUUCAAGACAUCUAGUACUAGAAAAGUGUUUUUUCUUGUGAUUAAAAAUAAUUAAAAUUUAAAUAAAUAAAAUGUUUAAAAGUGUGAUAUUGCUGUUUAUUUUUGCUUCCAUCGUCAGCAUACAAUCCAAGCCACAAUUUUGGAAAAUGAAUACAAUGAGUGCAAAAGACAUGUUCAUUUUGGAUGUGAAAAGUACCAUGUCAGCUGGUAUCUGUUAUAAACAAGUGCAAGCGAAAGCCAGUGAUCCUGAAUUACGCAUACGUACCGUGUCCUUUUGUUGUGAAGGCUAUAAACGCAAUCCUUUGUCACCGCAUUCGGUGAAGUGCGAUCCCAUUUGCAAUGAAGAUUGUAGCAAUGGCAUUUGCUCGGCUCCAGAUGUUUGUGAAUGUUUUCCUGCUUACGAACGAAAAGGUGGAAGGUGUGAAAGUAUAUAUCAGUAUGAAAUGUUAGGAAAUAGUUACAUAAUUAAGGUGCCAAUUAUGGCCAUAAUUGUGGGCUUGAUAUUGGCCCAACUACAGCUAUUGUGUGCCAAAAAUUAUAAUCAACCUUAUGGCGAUAUAAUGAUGGGGGAAAAUGAGUAUCAAAAUAGUUUCGAUGCCAGAAAUGGACCAAAUAAUAGAAAUGGCCAACGUUUGGGGAAUAACUACCAGCAGUCAGAUGGCUAUGGGGAAAAUUAUCAAAAUGAAUAUGCAGCUGCUGGCUCGGGUCGCAGAAGAGGCGAACGAGAGAAAAGUCAAAACCAACAAAAUAUGGAUAAUACUUAUUACAAUCGAAAUAAUCGUAAUUUGGGUAGAAAUAAUCCCAAUGGCUGGAUUUCCUCCAGCAUUGUGGAGGAGCAACAAAAUUCUAACAUUACCAUGGAAAAUAAUGGGCAUACGUUGCAGCACAAGUGCCACAUAUGGGUGCCCAUGGAUGCUUUAGAUAAAUAUCCGGAUGCUGAGAAAAAGCAGGAUAACAAAAUUGCUGGCUCAGUGUACAUAGAGAUCUGCUGCAAGGGUUAUCAGGCCAUGCGUUGGCGCGGCAAGACCUUGUGUCGUCCGGUGUGUGACAACUGUAAAAAUGGCCGUUGCAUUGCACCCGGCAUGUGCGAGUGCUAUGAUGAGUAUGUGGCCAAUGACAAUGGAGACUGUGUGUUCACUUGCCCCAUGGGCUGUUUAAAUGGUCGCUGCUAUUUAGAUGGCAGUUGUCAAUGUGAUCCCGGCUUUAAAUUGGAUGAAUCACGUAAGUUCUGUCGUCCCAUUUGCAGCAGGGGCUGUGGCACAAAUCGUUUGCACAAUUGCACCGAACCCGAAGUCUGCGGCUGUAUUAAGGGUUAUUUGCUAACCGACAACGAUUGCCAGCCAGUGUGUCAGCCUGACUGCGGCAGUGGUGGCACUUGCCGUAGACCUAAUGAUUGCUUUUGUAUUCCGGGUUUUGACAUAAAGGAUGGUGUCUGUCAGGCGAGUUGUUAUCAAAAAUGUGACAAUGGUAUUUGUUAUAGUCCCAAUAGAUGUAUUUGUAAUCCUGGAUUUACCUAUCACGAACGUUCCACCCAGUGUAUUCCAAAAUAAUUGAAGUGUUUCUUUUACAUUAUAACUACAAGUUAAUUGUGAUAUAAAUUUAGUUUUUUUUUUUUUCUUACAAAAUAAAAUAAAGUUGUAUUGAUUAAAUUA